AUGUGCCCGUGCCCCCUGCACCGUGGCCGCGGGCCCCCGGCCGUGUGCGCCUGCAGCGGGGCGCGCCUGGCUCUGCGCUCCACGGCCACGCAGCUCACGGCCGCCCGGCUCCAGGCGCUGGGCGACGAGCUGCACCGACGCACCAUGUGGCGACGCCGCGCUCGGACCCGGAUCCGGGGGGCGAGGGUGCCCGGCGCCGCGCUGCCCGCCUGCUGGCCCUGGCUGUGCGCGGCCGCUCAGGUGGCGGCGCUGGCGGCCUGGUGGCUCGGCGGGCGCGGCUGGUAG